AUGAUGUGUAAACUCUUUCUGUUUUUCGCUUUGCUUCUCACCGUCCUUGAACCUCUGCUGGGGCAUCCGCUGAUCCAUUCGGCAGAGAUGACCUACGCCAGGCCUGUUCUUGUAGAAGAGGAGCAGGUGGUCAGUCCAGAAGACCUGAGUUACUCAGAGCAAGCGUAUCUGUCCCAGGGCGGCGUGGGAUUCGGUUACCCGUCCCUCAUCACUGGGGACAUCAGCAGUGAUGGUCUCAGAACAGCUGGAUUUGUCCCGAGUAAAGCUGCAAAAGAAGUGUUGCUGGAAAAGCCGUUGUUGAGCCCUUUCCUGGGCAGCAGGAAGCAGUACCGCAAACGAGGCAGCAACCCAGAGUGUUUCUGGAAAUACUGUGUCUGA